CUGGCAACAGCAUUUCUCUGUCAGUGUUCAGUUUAGGUCUGUGCGUUGGUGAGGGGUGAACUAAUCCAUCCUACCUGCGCCUGUGGUGUUGUAGAGAAAUAAUUUUACAGUAACAUACAAUUUGUAAUCUGUAUUUUAUUCUUAAAUCGUAGAGUCAUUUCUAAGUUGUGCUUUCGUCAUCAAUUUCUUUUGUGUUUACGAGAAGUAAACUUUAAGAAAAGUUUUUGAUAAAGUUCUAACUUUUUAUCUUAUAUCGUGUUAUGUGAAUUGAAAUAUACCCACCAUAAAAAUGGCAUCAGCAGUGGAUUCCAAUAUAACGAACACGAAAAUAACUUUAAAUAAUGGCACACAAAUGCCUGCAGUGGGACUGGGAACCUACCGCAUCCGUGACCCCGAAGUUAUCAUGACUGUAGUUGAUCAAGCCCUAUCAGCUGGAUAUCGCAUGUUUGAUACCGCUGCAGUUUAUCGAAAUGAAGCCAGCCUUCGAGAAGCAUUCAAGACCCUGCUUCCCAAACAUGGAUUAGAGAGAGAUGACAUUUUUAUCACUACCAAGCUAUCUCCUGCUGAACAUGGUGGGUCUGAAGCCAUUACAAGAGCAUACAAUCAUUCACUUGAGAAUUUAGGUUUAGAUUUUGCAGAUUUAUAUUUAAUACAUUUCCCUGGAACACAAAAAUUAGCCGUGAAUGAUAAGAGAAAUGCAGAACUACGGCUUACAACUUGGGCCAGCAUGGUUGAACUCUAUGAUAAUGGCCUUGUUAAUGCUAUUGGUGUUUCCAACUUUACUAAAUACCACUUGAAGUUGUUGAUGGAAAGGAACCACGGGGUAGUCCCCACUGUAAACCAGGUCGAGUGGCAUCCUUUUUACUACCAAAUGGAACUUCUUGAUUACUGCAAGGCAAAUGAUAUUGUGUUGCAAGCAUAUUGUUCACUUGGAGGAAAAUCACAACAGAAUGAUGAUUUGCUAACCCAUCCAGAGGUAACAGGUAUUGCUCGCAAGCUUGAGGUCAGUAAUGCUCAACUUUUGUUAAGGUGGGCUUUACAACAAGAUGUAGCAGUUAUACCUAAAUCUACCAAUCCUUUGCACAUCAAGCAAAAUAUAUCUCUGAACUUUGAUAUUUCACCAGAAGAUAUGCACACACUCAGUAAUCUUUCAACAGGAAAAACCGUUAAAUAUGCAUGGGACCCCAACAUAAUUGUCUGAAAUAGGCGAUCGAAACGUACCUCGUCCAAAUCUAAGGCAGGUACUAGUCGCAACUAAGUUGAAACUUCUGACAAAACUAAAUGAGUUUGCUAUUUGUCAGAGGAACUUGUUGUGUAUGAACAUAGUAAAAUGAACUGUAUUAAAUUACAGUGUUCAUUAUUCGAGAUUUCGAGUUACAAUUAAAGACAAAUUAAAUUAAAAUAUAUCUGUUGUAUGUUUAUGGGUUGCAUAACUAGCAAUUUUCAUAUCGUUUCUCAAAAUUUUCGCUUUAAAUGUUGCAAUUGUCAUUAGUUUUUUAAUGUUAAAUAGUUCGUUGUUGUAGUUCCGAUUUAAAAUAUUAUAUUAAAUUUCAAACUUAGAAGAUUGAAUUUAAGAACGUAGGCAGGGUUCGUUAAAACAUGGGUACAUUCUAUAGCUAACAUAAGAUGAUAUUUACCUAUGAGAUAAAUGAUGUGGAAGUCUGCAAAAUGGCAAAUGGUUUUUUGCACUAAAUUAUAUAUUUCACGAAUAGAUGUGAUUUAAAUUGAAUAAGCAAAUAAUGCUUUAGACGAAACUUACGAAUAAGGAUUAGAAAAGUACACAUAUCCAUACAAGUUAUAUCUACACAAGAUAUUACAUACCUAUUUCUCGAAGACGAACAUAUUUGAAAGCUCGGUAUAUUAACUAGUUGUACGACUUUAUAUUCGGUAGGUAGGCACUUUAGGAAUAACGUAUCUGUGUUUAGGUAAGUCGAUGUAAAACUUCAAUGUUGUACUAACUAAAAUGUCACAUUUUAUCUCAUUGCUUGUUAAGAGAAUCAUUGAACUAUUGAUUUUUAUAUACAUACCUGAAUAUUUAUGUGUUGGGGUUGCGAAAAACGAUGAAAAUCAUUUCCGUGCCCCUUUCGGAUUUGAUUAACAAAAUGCUUCUUCAUUAUGAAAAUUUAAAGGAUUCGUUUAUAUGAGUGUUAUUAAUUAAGGGCUUGAUUAAUGUAAAUUAAUUGUAGAUACAUACGUAAUUGCUACAUAGCAUAGAUAAUUGUCUGUUGUUAGAUGAAAUAUUUAUAUAUUUACACAAGUACCUAGUACUUAUAUGUUCUUUUGCCAUAUUUAUAUUUCUGUUAAUGUUUACAAAUGCGGUGGAGUUUGAUCGAUGGUAUCUAAUUUCCUUAUACUUAUAGGUAGGAUUUCGUAGGUACCAAUAUGGGUACUGUAUUUUAGGUAUAAUGAAGAAAACUUACUUUUUAAAUGUUACUUGUUUUUAAGGUCUAUCCCUUCUUUGGCUUUACGUAAAAUAUCUAAUGUAUACAGCAAAAGUGAAUGUAAAAUGAAAAAACUAAUAUGGUUCUAAAAUGAAAAUAAAGUGUCAAAAUCUUAUAUGCUAUGCGAACCGAUUAUCAGCUGAAAUUAAUGACUGAUCCAAUGUCUCCAAUGUAUGUGUUUUACUGACACUCAGAACUAAUCUCAAAAAUCGACUUGAGCAAAGUUGUGGGACCGAGAUCGGUGUAAUUAAUUUCGGCAGUUAGUCGACUCGACUAGAUGAGGGUUAUUCGACUCGACUAAUCCUCAUCUAGUACCGAUACGAGAAUGUAGGAAAUAUCAGAGCAAACAAAUUAAUUGUUAAUUCAUUGUUCAGUACAGUCACUUUGGCUGUAACAUGUAACUAUACGAAAAUGACUAAAGUACGAAGUGUGGACCACUACUAAAAUAUGAGCUUAUACUCUCUACUACGGACUGAUCUAUCCUGAAAUGUACUUGCGAUGUUUCAAUUUAUUUGUCAAACUAUCUCUCUCUCUGAUGUGUGCGUUAAACGAAUGCAUUUUGUAUUGUAUGUAAUAAGGCACAAAUAUCUGCGCAAGCGAUGGUUUGUAUUGUUGUUGAGUUUUGCUUGGCGUUGUGUGCGCUAUGAUAUCGAUGUAUUUCGGUGCUUUUGGAUGGCUAACCUACGGUAAUACUCAUUUAUUUAACGUCUAGUAAACAUCUAGAUGUUGAGAGUUGACAUCCAUGUCAAACUGAGUAAAUUAUGUUUUGAUUUUCCUAUUCAAAUUUUUUUAGCUCUUACAAAAGCAUGGAAUAAAAAGAUAUGUAUAUAAAUUGUAUACCUAAUGGUAAAUACUCAUGUUAAUAUAUUUUUGUCCAUUUCUAUUAUUUAUUGUACCUUAACAUGUUGUGAUAAUGUACCGUUUCUGUUCAAAACAAAGCCGCUACAUACUUGAUUGUUAUUUUUACGUUAAUGCAAGAAACACAUAUAAAGUUAAAUAAAUGUCUAAAUGUACAAACCUUGUUUACCUUUAC